CUGCGGCUUUAAGUGGGCGGUGCGGGAGGCCUGAAUAUACCUUCUGCUGCUGACUGUGCUUUUGUCUUCUGAGCGCGGUCCGGGGAGCGACCUCGUCCUCUCGUUGGCGGACUUUCCUCCUGACUCCUGCGCGACCUGCUGUUACAGCGAGCGGGCUACUCCCGGCCCUUCCACUGCAGGAUCCAGAGACCUUCCAGAAGCAGAAGGCAGCUCUAGACUGCUGUACAAAGGAGUGGGAUCUUUUCAGCUAUGAAAUAUAUGUUGAACCUGUAUAUCUUAGGUGUGGUGCUGACCCUACUUUCCAUCUUUGUGAGACUGAUGGAGUCACUAGAGGGCCUACUGGAGAGCGCAUCGCCUGGGAGCUUCUGGGCCACCAGAGGUCAACUAGCCAGCACAGAACCCAAGAGCCUUCCAGAACAUCCAUCCAGAGGGAUAUGAUAAGACUUCCCUCCACCAGCUAUAACCUUGGAACAGUGGCCUAAAUCUGUCCAGCCAGAUGUCCAGUUCCUGGUAGGCAAGCUCAGCAUCAAUGUUACCAGAGAAGUAGAGAAGUAACCGUGACUGGCCAUUGAAGGGCCCACCUCCGUCUGGAUGCUUGACCUGGAAAAAGAGCCUGUUUAAUAGGUGUGAAUGGGUGGCCUGCGGCUGUGGGGUGGAGUGGUUUCACUCUUCUUCCCAGAGUCGACCAUAUGCUUUGUUGUCCUUGACAGCAUGGCUCUGAUCUCUCUUAGAUGAGAGCCUGUGCGGCAACUUCAGCUGUUGAGAGAUGAUGGCGUUUUCAGCCCUACUUCCUAAACAUCUGCCAGGAGUUCCUUUGGAUUCAGGGGGCUUAUGGUCAGUUUCUUUGGUGUUCAGCUUCUCUUUCAUGUGAGCUUCUCCGUGUGUGCAUAACAGUUGAAGAGGUAUGUGAGUUGGCUGUAGGGAGGAGGAGGAUAGUGUUCAGUGUCCAGUUCUCGCUGUUUUACAUUUGUAAGUCCUUCCUCCAACAUAAUGUGUAUGUGUGUGUAUUGAUCUGAUUGGGGACAGUGGGGAUGACAAAGCCUGCUCAGGAUGUGGGCAUUAUAGCCACCAUGUGGCUUAAGUGAAGUUUUCUAAUGAAAUAAAGGUGAAUGUAUAUUUCCAAUCUGUGUCAUGUUGACUUUUGCCCUUGAAAUUAGUGGUUAGGGAAGAGCCCUUAACUUGUGGAUCUGGGGUUUAACAUUUUAAAACUUUAGGGCACAAAAGUGCUCAAAACACUUUGUUUAAAAUAACGUAAAGGUCCCUGGCUGGUAUGGCUCAGUGGAUUGAGUGCUGAUGUUUCUCUCCCUCUCUCUCUCCAUCUCUUCCCCUCUCUCUAAAAAUAAACAAAUAAAAUCUUUAAAAAAGUAAAACAAGGUAAAGGAACCUCUGAAUUUGGAGGCAGAGCAGAGUGCUCUGUCUGAAUCCACAACUGCCUGAGUUUGGCCAAGGUUGUUAACAGUCCUAUGUUGACUCUGUCCAUUUCUGAAGAGAAAUAAUAGUUUCUUCCAGUUCUUUUCAUCAUCAGUCUCUGAGGAAAACAAAGCUACGUAGUGCACAAGGCCUUGGCUUUUUUCUUUAGG